UCGUCAGAUGCUGAUAUAUUACGACAGAUUUUGGAUAACCACAAUGACUACAUGGAAGAUGCACCAAUACGAUGGUUUCUUGAACCUGAUGACGUGAUGAUCUUAGACAGAGGAUUUAGAGAUGCAUUGGGAUAUACCGAAGAACAUGGAUUUACGGUCUGUACGCCACAGUCGCUUGGCAGGCACGAAAGACAACUGUCCACUGAAGCUGCAAACAAAUCUAGAUUGGUAACUUUGGUCAGAUGGGUAGUAGAAACCGUCAAUGGGAGAAUGAAGCAGAGCUUUAAGAUAUUCCGACACAAAUAUUUUAAUAUUGCUUUGCCCAAUGCAAUGAUAGAUUUUAAAAUAGCAGCAGCGUUGAUCAACGCAACCAUAGAGAGCUACGGUGAUAAUCCGCUGACUGAAAUCUUUAUAGAAAAGAUAGAUCAAAAUGUAACUAGGCCAAACCUACUGGCUGAUUACGUUGAUGAACAACGUCUAAACGCACAAAAAAACGUUGCGUUUCAGAGGAUAGAGGCAACCUCAAUAGAAGAUUUUCCUAGAAUGACCCACGAUGAGUUGCUUAUUUUUUCUAUUGGAACAUACCAUGUAAAGCUGGCAAGGUCUUACUGCUUCCAACAUGUACGAGAAACCGGCGUGUAUACUAUGGAAGUCUAUAGACAUCCCGAUACAGUAAACAUCAAUGACGAAGAGGGAAACAUGUUAAUAAGGUGUCGAAUUCAAUCGAGACACGUUCAAGCAAGAAUUUAUUAUUGCUAUAUACUCUACAAUCGCAAUGCAAUCACAGAAUAUUGUUGUAGUUGCAUUCAUGGCCGCCGUACAUUAGGUAGUUGUGCCCACAUUAUUUCGAUAGUAUAUUACUUGUCCUGGGGCAGAUAUCAAGGUGACUUAGAUGAACCUGCAGGAUUUUUAGACUCGGUGUGCAUUGAAUUAGAAGAAUACUAA